GAAUGUAUUUCCUAUAAAUAAACCUUUCAUUUUGUUGACAGCAACAAACCAUAAAAUGGAACAAAAAAUAGAAAAAGAAAAUCAUACAAAUAAUUCUACAAUAUUUGAUUUCAAGGUAGAAAAAAUGCAGGGUAUCUUAGAUGAGUAUGCAGGUAGUUGGGACAAAUGCUGGGAGCAAGGAGUGACACCAUGGGAUUUGGAUCAGCCAACGCCUGUACUGCUACAACUUCUUGAGAAGGAAACCCUUCCCAAAGGCAGAUUUCUAGUCCCUGGAUGUGGGGCUGGACACGACGUGAUUGCAACAGCAAACCCUGAACGAUAUGUUGUAGGCCUAGAUUUCUCGGAAAUUGCCAUUACGAAAGCAAGGAAGAUAUCUUUGUCAGCGCCAAAUGCAAAAUGUUUUGAGUUUAUAGUGGCGGACUUCUUCACUUGGCGUCCAAAUGAGAUAUUUGAUCUCAUUUUUGAUUAUACGUUUUUCUGUGCAAUUGAACCUCGCAUGAGAGCAGCUUGGGGAAAACGAAUGCAUGAGCUGUCGAAACCCGAUGGGGAGAUCAUAACUCUAAUGUGGCCUACUAAUGAUCGUGAUGGAGGUCCACCUUUUAAAGUUUCUGUGGCCGAUUAUGAAGAGGUUUUGCAUCCCUGGGGAUUCAAGGCGACUUGUAUAAUAGAUAACGAGCUAGCUGUAGGACUACGAAGGGACUCGAGAACUUGUUGUUUUCGCUUUUGCAGGGUUGCGAGAAACUUGCGAGAUGGAAGAGGUGUCUUUAAAAAGAAUCUUCAUCAUGAAUAAUAAUCAAAGAGAAGAAAGCUACUUGUAUCUGUAAUAAAAUAUUUCAUCUAUCUUGGCUCAUAGACGGAGGCAGAUAUGUGACAACCAUCCUCUGAUUUUGGUGUAUGUGUCCGUAUCUUUCUUUAUAAUAAAAGACUCCCAAGUUGCCACAUGUCAACCCUAUAAUUACUUUUGAUUUUGAUGAAGCCACCUAAACACUAAUUAUUCCUGUCACCGUUAUCUGAUUGUCUCUCCUAUCA